UCGGCCCAGACGAGCGGUUCGUUAGCUUCUCGCCAGUUACUGCCACUGCCACGCCCACAUAACCAAGACGCCCCACCACCGCCCACUAUCGAAACAUAGCCAACUGACUACAAAGCACCGCAUUAGGCCGAAAUAGGAGACACUUGUUGAGCCAUGCACUUGGUGGUGGCACUGUGGGUGUGCGGAGCUCUGCUGGUGGUGCUGCUCGGUUUCCAGCAGCGGAAGUGCUGGCGGCUCAUCUGGCAGCUGAACGGGUGGCGGGGGGUGGUGCAACAGCCCCUCCUAUGGUUCCUGCUCUGCAUCAACCUGCAUCCAGACAGCAUCCUGGAACGCGUGACCCAACUGCGUAUAUAUUUCCAACGUCCUUUGGGCAUUAUCCUGGGCACUCGAGUCCUGGUCUACAUCGAUGAUCCGGCGGACAUGGAAACCAUACUGAAUGCUCCCGAAUGUCUGGAUAAGUCCUUCCUUCAAGAUGGUUUCUUUGCCAAUCGAGGACUAUUACAUGCCAAGGGUCAACGUUGGAAAUUGCGUCGGAAGCAGUUGAAUCCGGCUUUUGGCCACAAUAUCGUGGCCAGUUUCUUUGAUGUUUUCAAUUCCGUCGGCAACCAGAUGAUUGAAAAAUUCAAAUUGGAUCCGAAUUUGCACGGAAAGGGUAUCAAGUAUACGGAUGCCGAGGAUCUACUGAGUAGGGCUGUCCUGGAGGUCUCCUGUAUGACUAUUAUGGGAACUCAAACCAAUUUCACGGAAAUAGAUGACGAUCACAUCGCCCACAGCUAUAAGAGACUCCUUGAGAUAUCGGCUGUGAGGGUCGUGAAGCCCUGGCUUCAGAUUGGAAUGCUGCAACGUCUCCUGGCCCCCGAUCUCUAUGCAGAAUCCCAGAAAUGCAACAAACUGCUGGAGGACUUUGUCGGGGACAUUGUGCGGAACAAGCACCGGAACUGGAGGCUGCGGGAGACCACUGGAGAGGAUGGCCCGUCGGCAGGGGGCUGGCAGCGACGCAUAUUCAUCGAACAAAUCUUCCAGCUGGCGGCCAACGGCGAGAUGACGCUCGAGGAGAUCAUGGACGAGGCUCAGUCCAUGGUCCUGGUUUCCUUCGAAACGGUGUCUAAUAGUAUCAUGCUGGCUCUCCUCUGUCUGGCCACAAAUCGUGGAGAUUGCCGGCAGCGGCUGAAGGCCGAGAUUGCCGCCGUAGUUCCGGAGAACGGAACUGGUUACGUCGGGUUGGAGCAACUGCAGCAAUUGCGUUACCUGGACGCCUUUGUUAGCGAAUCCCUGCGCCUACUCGCCACCGUUCCCAUGAAUCUGCGUCACGUCAGCCGCGACUUUCAGCUACCCGGCAGGGAGGCCAUCGUGCCCCAGAACAGCAUCGUGGUCCUGGACACCUUUAAUAUGCAGCGGGACGAACGCUGGUGGGGCACCACGGCCAGGCAGUUUGAUCCUCAGCGUUUCCUGGACCAGGAGCAGGACCAGGACGAGCCAUCGAAACAGCAGCAACAGGAUCAGAAUCAAACCAAAAAGGAUCAUCUAACUAGACGGCAUUCCUACAGCUUCCUGCCCUUCUCCAAAGGUCUGAGAUCUUGCAUAGGUCGUCGCUAUGGCUUAUUUAUAAUGAAAGUCUUCCUGGUCAAGUUGCUUUCAAGUUUCGAUUUUCAUAGCGAUUUUCAGCUGGAAAAUCUACAGUUUGUGGAGAAUAUAUCCUUAAAAUUUAGGAAUGUGGAUGACAUCUAUCUGGACAUUCAGCCGCACAGUUUGUCCAAGGAUUCCAAUUAG